UUAUCUGAUGGCCUGAUUGGGACACCGCAGUGUGGCUUCUUCCCAACAAAGAAAUAUGCUUACUUUUGUUCAGUCUUGCAGAUCUAUUGUUACUUCUCCUUUUUGUUUUUUGAGAGGUCACGGGAAAGGGUUUUGAUAUCUCAGGAAGUAGAACUUAUGGUUAAUAGCCAUACAGCAUUUAGCGUGUGCCCAUGUCUAGUUCGGCCUCCCUCUCUAUCCUAUGUUUGUGUCUGGUGGGCUGUUAUAAUGAGGUCUGCUCUGAAGGAUUAGCAUGGAGGUAGUUAGGCUGAGCCGCCGAGAGGGCAGUGAUGCUGAAACGGUUAACUCUGUUAAUUAGCUGAACUUGGUUUCUUUGAACUACCGUUGUCUGAAGGUUUGCCCUCAUGUUCCUGGCUAUGUUUUUUUCUUUUGUAAUACUAAUACUAUGUUUUAAUAUGUAAGUCCCAUGGAAUGAAUGAUAUCGCAGUCUACUCUCCAGACACAUUGUCACCGUUUUCUGAUUUGAAUUCAAACUAAGCUUCCUCGAAAACUGCCACAAUAACGCCUGCAUGUCUACAAUAGCUACAGGAACGUAUAUUGUAUGGAAUACAUGAACCAUUCAUGCAACCAUGGCAUUUAUGUUUUUGGAGCUUGGCUUGUAAACCUAAACCUAGCGCUAUCUGUACACAGCUAUACCAGCUCCCUGAUUGCUCCGCCCCGUAUUGGAUGCCUUCCCUGGGCUUUUUAUGAUCUGACAGGCUAUUUAUAAUGAGUGAUAUUAUGACAGACUUGGACCCAUUUGCUUUGCCAAAACACUUCCCCUGUGUGCCCUUUUAUGGCCUCUGUGCAUCGCCAUAAUUGACAUGAUAAAUAAUUUAACUUCUCAUCUGGGAACAUGCUCUGCAUGAAGCGGCUUGGAUAAUACUCGUCAGGAAGGAAAAAUCAAUAUGUCAUGUAAUUACAAUCAAGUUCUCUCCCUCAAGUAUUGCCGGUAAACCGCUGGUGGGCAUUUUAUGCAUGAGCGUUUGUUGACUUAAUUAUUAUAUACUGCUAUUAUGUAAGUGAAUUCACUAUCUGAAUCUAAGAUUUAAAGUACAUGCCUCUACUUGCCUCUUAGUAAUCUCCCCUUUAUGGCAGGGACGAGCCCUUUGCCCACCCAUAUUACUCACUUCCUCUGACCAGCUUCCCGUCUCUGCAUGACUGAUCUCCUAUUGGCUUCUACGUCUCACUCUAUCCCACUGGCUCCUCCCCCUCCUCCAGCAUUCAUUCUCAAGCCGAACAGUCCCAGUCAUCUGUUGCUCUGGCAACCACAGGAAACACAGAGUUAGCCGGGCAUCGGUAAUGUGCCAACCGCCCAUAAAUAUCCUAUUAAAAGAUAAAAGCAGACGGUACAGUCCACCAGGGAGGAUUAUCACAACCGCUAGCUGGCUCAACUCGCACCGUAAGAGGCGCAGGCAGCGCACACACCGACUGCCUUAGAGACAGGCAGCAGUUGCUUAGCGAAGGCACCGGGGGUUGUGAGUGGAGAGAGAGAGAGAGAGAGAGAGAGAGAGAGAGAGAGAGAGAGUGAGCGGAUGGGGGGGGGGGGGGAGGUGAGCUGGAAAGGCAGAAGGAAAUAACCGGGGGAAAAACAGAGGGAAGAGAAAGUGGAAAUGAACGGCUGAUAACCAGCCACAUUCAGCUGUCGGUGCUGUGUUUUGAACAGGUUGACGCCAACCGAGAAGGAGAGGCAAGGCCUAUUGCCAGGAUGCCUACCAGCGUAGUCACAACCCGUACAGCGGGAAUGCCUGUCACAUACCAGAGCCCCCCCCUCUAUGCUACCCCCGAGUAGACUGUAAGCCUCCGGCCAUGGCCCAGGCCACGGACGCCCCCCCCCCGUCCGGGCAGGCGUGCAGGGGCUCCGUGGCGACCUCGGACCUCGGGUACCGCAAGGAGAUCACGGUGCCGCCGUCGCCGCCUCGCGCCCCCUACCCAAAGAGCCAGCUGGCGGUGAGCCUGCGCAACGACGGCCUGAGGACCGUCGUGGUGCCCCCCGACGCGGCCCCCGCGGGCCGCAUGGGGCCCUCGCACAGGAUGGACUACGCGGACCCCGCCUUCCUCCGGGCCCGGCCCCGGUCGGUCUCCCAGUACCCGGCGUCGCGCAAGGCGGACGUCUACCCCGGGGGGCCCGGCCUGGCGCCCUACGGCCUGGCGCCGCCGCCCCACUUCCCCAACAACCACCAGAACAUAGACUGGCGCACGUACCAGACCUACCGGGAGUACAUCGACAACAAGGGCAUCCACACGCACGCCAGCCGCACCAUCCAGGAGCGGCUGGACAGCCUGCGCGCCGGCGGCCACAACUCCUUCAGCACGGCGCAGCACGCCCCCCCCGCGGGCUGGGUGCCCAAGGGGGUCCGCCGGCGGAGCACCUCCCACGAACGCUCCUACCACGGCCCCCCGCCGCGCUUCCAGGUGCCCCCGCGCAGCGCCUCCCAGGACCGCAUGUGCGGCGCCGAGAGGGCGGCGCAGGCCCGCCACUGGCCGCCCCGCAGCGUGUCCCAGGACGGCCUGGCGCUCAAGGCGCGCUCGCGCUCCACGGACUACGUGGAGGCGGGGGAGCCGGCGUGGCCCGCGGAGCGGCGCGGCGGCGGCUACGGCAGGCCGGACCAGGGCGCGAGGCCCAGCCGGCAGGCGCUCCCCAGGCAGGCCUCGCUUUACCGGCCCUCGGCCGCGUACGGCGCGGGCAACAUGCGGGGGCCCCCGAACCCGGCGCACUACGCUCAGGGGCCCGAGGCCCUUCAGACCCGCUCCUCGCCCAUGCUCGCCGAGCGGUCCUCGCAUCCGGGGCCGUCCGGGCCCCUCGCCGACCAAAGAGCCAAAGCCAACCUCGCGGGACACCUCCCCCAGCAGGGCCGCUCGCGGGCCGAGACCCUCCUCACCGCCACCGCCGGGUCGGGCCGCGAGGCCUCGGCGCUGGGCUACCGGCCGUCGUCGUACUCGGCCCCCCAGCAGCGGCCCCAGAGGCCCAGCAUCCUGAAGACUGGGCCCCCCCUGCCGCCGCCGCCCCACCACCACCCCCAGAGCCACAUGAACGGAGGGCGGAGCCCCGCGGAGGGCGGGGUGGUCCUCCGGGAGAAGCCCCCCUGCGGGAAGACGCCCAGCCCGCUGCGCCACCCCUCCUACAUCCUGGCGGUGAACGACGACGGGGACCCGGCGGCGGGGGGCGUGGCGGCGUGCUGGCUGCCCAACGACACGCGGCGGGAGAUCCACAUGCGGCGGCUGGACGAGCAGCGGCAGGCCUCCUGCUCCAGCAACCUGGACGAGUCGCUGGACGCCAUCCCCUUCAUCGACGAGCCGGCCAGCCCCAGCGUCGACCGCGAGGUCACUUCCAUCCCUGCUGCGGCGGUGAUAUCAGUGGCCCCGGCCCAGGCCACCGCGCCACCAAGCCCGGCCACGCCGUCGCCUCUCAUUCGACGCCAGCUGUCACAUGACCAAGAGUCCCUCAGAAAUGCCCUGCUGGAGUCCGACGCCGCCGGUAAGACGGAGCGCUCCAAGUCUUAUGACGAGGGCCUGGACAACUACCGGGAAGAGCGUGGACGCCGUGCCUCCGGGAAACACAUGCCUAGCUACCGGGGCCUGAGGAAGACUCUGGACGGUCACAAGUCCGACGACUCGAGCUCGCGGCGGGACUCCUCGUCCGACGUCUUCCCCGACUCUUCCAAAGAAGGCUGGCUCAACCUGCGGCAGCUGCUCACGGAUAAAAGCAAGCGCGCCGGGGGCGGGAUGAAGUCGUGGAAGCAGACGUACGGCGUGCUGCGCGGCCACUCCCUCACGCUGUACAAGGACAAGAAGGAGGGGCUGUCCCACGCCUCCUCGCAGUCGGACGAGGACCUGCAGCCCAUCUGCGUCAAGGCCUGCCUGAUCGACAUCUCCUACAGCGACACCAAGCGCAAGAACGUGCUGCGGCUCACCACGUCGGACUGCGAGUACCUCUUCCAGGCGGAGGGCCGCGACGACAUGCUCUCUUGGAUCCGGGUCAUCCAGGAGAGCAGCAACCUGGACCAAGAGAACACGUCUUUCACAAGCCAGGACCUGAUCAGCAGAAAGAUCAAGGAAUACAACACCAUGAUGAGCGCACCCAGCAGCCGAUCGGAGCCCUCCCCCAAGGCGUCCCGCCAGUCCCUCAGCCUCAAGCAGGCCUUCCUGGGGCCCAAAGGAGAGGGCAAGGGCCACAGCCCACACUCGCCCAAAACAGGGGACGACAGAAGAUCUGCUAGGGAUGACUCCAGCCCUCCGCGGGACCGGGCCAGCUGGAAGAUGGGCAUCCCGGGCCUCAUGAGGAAGCCCUUCGAGAAGAAACCGCCCGCGGGCGCCUCGUUCGGGGUGCGGCUGGACGACUGCCCCCCCGCCAUCUCCAACAGGUUUGUGCCCCUGAUCGUGGAGGUGUGCUGUAAGGUGGUGGAGGAGCGGGGCCUAGAGUACACGGGGAUCUACAGGGUCCCCGGGAACAACGCCGCCAUCUCCAACAUGCAGGAGGAGCUCAACAGCAAGGGCAUGAACGACAUCGAUGUUGAGGAGGACAAAUGGCGGGACCUCAAUGUUAUCAGUAGUCUGCUGAAAUCCUUCUUCCGGAAACUUCCAGAACCUCUGUUUACAAAUGAAAAAUAUGCAGACUUCAUCGAGGCGAACCGAGCGGAAGAAGCGGUGGAGCGGUUAAAAGAGCUGAAGAGGCUGAUCUACGAGCUGCCCGAGCACCACUACGAGACUCUCAAGUAUCUCCUCCUCCACUUAAAGAAGGUCGCGGAAAACUGUGAGACCAACAAGAUGGAGCCCCGUAACCUGGCCAUCGUGUUCGGGCCCACGUUGGUGCGCACCUCGGAGGACAACAUGACCAACAUGGUGAACCACAUGCCCGACCAGUGUAAGAUCGUGGAGAACCUCAUCCAGCAGUGCGACUGGUUCUUCAGCCAGGAGGCCACGGAUGAACCCGAUACCUCGGCGGACCAGGAGAGCACGGUGCAGUCCCAGCCCGUGCCCAACAUCGACCACCUGCUGUCCAACAUCGGCCGUACGGCGGCCUCGCCCGGGGAGGUCUCAGGCGGAGGAGUGUUCACUGACUGCUCUCUCGUCUCUUUACACACAGAUUCAGCAUGCAGUGACUCCUCCAGAUCCAAGGGCCUGUGGGGCCCCGGGAAGGACCAGUGUAGCAGGGAGAUGCUGCGCUCCUCCUUCUUCGUCAGCCGCAAGCGCAAGAAGCCCAAGACCCAGCCCAGCAGCUCCGACGACGACCUGGACGCCGCCUACCCCAAGAAGGAGCUCCCGCCCUCCCCCUGGUCCCCCGGGGGCCCGGCGGGGGAGGCGGAGGGGCCCCGCGGGACGGACCUCGUCGACGCCGCGGACGGGCGGGGCGGCGGCGGCUCCCCGGAGGGGCGGGGGGACGCGGUCGACGGCAAAGACUCGCGCUCCAGCAGCCUGCUGUCGCAGCCGUCCCCCCCGCCGUCCCCCCGGCGCGCCUCGCCCUCCCCGCCGCCCCGCGCCACCCCCUCCCCCUACGCCUCCCCCCCGCACUCCCCCGCCCUGGGCUACCCCACCAAGGCGCCGUCCCUCUACGACGACGCCGUGUCGGACCUGGGCACCAUGAACAGCACCAGCUCCCAGGCCUCGGGCCCCCCCCGGGCCAGGCGCGGCCGGGCCCCGGGGCCCCAGCCCCCGGAGGCGGCGGAGGUGUGCUCCAUCACGUCGGACUACUCCACCACCUCCUCCAUGACCUUCCUGACGGGGGCGGAGCUCUGCGCCCUCGGCCCCGAGGCACGCUCGGUGUCGGGGAGCCGCGGCGGCGGCGGCGGCGGCGGCGAGGACGACGCCGACGACGAACGCAGCGAGCUCAUCAGCGAGGGGCGGGCCAUGGAGACGGACAGCGAGUGCGACCUGUCCGUGUUCACGAGCGGGAAGGAGGAGCCGGCGGCGGAGGAGGCGGGCCCCGCCGCCGCCGCCCAGGGGGCCCCCGAGGCGAUGCGGCCCCUGCCCUUCCACCGGCUGAUCGAGUGCGACACGCUGUCCCGCAAGAAGGCGUCGGCGGCGCGGCAGAAGACGGACAGCGAGUCGUCGCUGGACGCGGCGGGCGAGCCGGGCCGGCUCUCGCGCGCGGCGGCGGCGGCGGCGGCCGGCCGCUCCACGGGCAGCCUCAGCUCCUCGUCGCGCAGCGAGUCGGAGAAGGCGGAGCCGCCGCCAUGGCGGCUGAAGAUCACGGAGCGCCUCAAGUGCCGCCUGCGCACGUCGGUGGACGACAUGUUCGGCGUGGGCGGCCAGCGCGCGGCGGAGGGGGGCCGCGCCAAGAAGAAGAACAUCCGCCGGCGCCACACCAUGGGCGGCCAGCGGGACUUUGGCGAGCUGUCGGUGCUCGGCGAGUGGCAGCAGGCGGGCUCGCGCGCCGAGCUGUCGGCCGUGGACCGCCUGCGGCCCAAGUGCAGCUCGCAGGACUUCUCCAUCCGCGACUGGAUCGCCCGCGAGCGCCACCGCACCAGCAACCCCGAGGUCAGCCUGGACCUGGGGGAGGCCCCGGCCCCGGCGCCGGGCCCGGGCCCCGCCUCCGCCUCGGAGCUCCUCCCCCAGCGCCGGGAGGCCGCGCCCGGCAAGAGCCUGAGCCUGUCGGCCACGGCGCACCCCCACAAACUGUCGGGCGCCCAGGUGGUCCAGUCACGCUUCUAUCAGUGCCUGUGAGGGGGGGGAGGCCCCGCCCUGUGGUGGGCGGGCCCCUCUAGGGCCCCGUCGGUGUGUGUGUGUGUGUGUGAAUACGUCGCUGAGGCGUGUCGUCUUGGAUCUUAUUAAUGUCUGUGAAUGAGCAUGUUGUACUGAACACGUGUCGGCCCUUGUGUGGCCUUGUGUCUGUGAGGGUGGUGCGUGUUUGUCAGUGUUUGUGUGUGUGUGUGUGCGCUUGUGAAUAAUGAUAUCCGCGCACACAGGGAUUGUGGAUCUGUUUCAUUGUCUGGCAUGGGAGAAGAUGUGGUUUCAUAUAAAAAAGAAAAUGCUAUUUUUUUUUUUUUUUCAAUGACAAGUGACGGGAGAAAGGCCCCCGCCUUCGGCUCCAGGUCCCCGUUAUGCUGAUCAGACGCCCCCCCCGGGAGCCCGUCGUCGUGUAUUGAGAGAGUCUGGACAGUGAUGUUGAAGAUGGGCUUGUGGAAAGGGUCCUUUAGUGAGGUUUGAUGAAUAGGCGCUAGGAAGUAGGUAGCUGUAGGAAAGGAAAGUAAAACAUAGGACUGGAAUCUAGCGUUGCAGAGAGAGCGCAUUUAUUUUUAGUGGAGCAGGAAAGCGAUGGUUGGAGUCGGUGAGUCGUGGGUGUACCAAAUGAAGAAUGUACAGACGUGCUUGCUGUAACGCUGACUAAAAGCUUUAGUUGCUUGUAUUUUUAAAGUGUACAUAUCAUUUUUUUAUGAAUUAAUUGCUCUUUCUUUCUUUACUUGAAGUGUAUUUUUAGUUUUUGGUACGGGGGCUACACAGGCUCCAAAUGAGGAACCCCCCCCUGCCUCGCGGUACAAGAUGACGGGAGACACUGGACAUGGGAAAUACUGUUUUUAAAUCCACCCCUCUUUCAUCUCUCAACCCUACAACCCUCCCAGAGCCGCGAACAACGCCUCUGAUAGCAACGUGGUCCGCUUUGGGUGACGAGUCGAUGCGCCCGUGAAUUCGCACGCUCGUCUGCCCCCCUGUGGCCGAAGUUAACAACCGAUCGGAGAGGAAGGAAACGCCGAAACCAUGAAUAAUCAAGAGAAAGAGGGCAUGGAUUUCAGAGCGAUAGGAAGUGCCUCUCGAUGAAAUGUUAAGAGUGCCAUAGGGUAUUCUGUUGGGAUACCUUUUUAAAGAUGUGAACUGUGAAUGAUUUGUAUUGUGGACCCACACACACACACAAACACACAACAGGUGAUUUAACUCAAUGCCGAGCUUCCAUUCCUGAGGCAUUCCACUCUGGUCUUAACAUGUUUUAUACUCGAUUUUAUUUUGUUUUUCCAUUUUUGGGAUUUUAACAGAACUUGAAUUUUAAAUAUUUGUGUAAAAAUAAGUAAGUUAAUUGUGUAUAUAAAUGCAAUGUUUUAGCUGCUUUUCUCCAUUUCCAUAGAUUUUUUUUUUUGCGGGAUUCUCGUUAAGUAUACAGUAUUGCCAGGUGUGGCUGGGCAGUGAUAAAAAGGUACUGGAGGGCCCGGCCGACAUGCAUUGGGCUCUCCUGAGCUGGACCAUUUGUAACCAAUCUGUGGGCCUCCCCCGUAGGGAGGAAGCGAGGAGGGACAAAGCCUUCGAAAACACUGGAAAUAAACCUUGUCAAUGGCA